ACCUCUUGUAGUAGUUUAUUAAAUUUCUAGCAUUUAUCCUCCAUAAACUAAGGAACUCCUGUUCUUACAAAGUGCUUGUAUACAUUCCCGAUUCUCUUAAAAUCCACGCUGGAGCAAAGUCUUUUACCUGCGGCUAUUCUGGUGUUAAAAGUUCAUCUCACUUUGUUUUGAAAUGACUCUUGUCUGUUUGUCAGAUUUUGAAGCAUAUGCUAGAAAGCAUCUUCCCAAGCCUACCUGGGAUUAUUUUGCAGCAGGUGCUGAUGAAUGUUAUACGCGGGAUGACAAUUGCCUGGCAUAUAAAAGAAUCUAUUUGCGGCCACGUGUGCUGCGGGAUAUGUCGGCAAUAGAUCCAAGGACAACGAUUCUUGGCUCUGAAAUUGACUUCCCAGUGGGGAUUGCUCCCACUGGCUUCCACGGUUUGGCUUGUCCUGAUGGAGAGCAGAGCACAGCUCGAGCGGCAGAAGCUAUGAAUACCUGCUACAUAGCCAGCACUUAUUCCACUUUCUCUGUGGAAGAAAUUGUUGCUGCUGCACCUAAUGGUUUACGGUGGUUCCAACUCUACCUCCAUCGGAAGAGGACGUUCUCAGAGCAGCUGGUACGACGGGUUAAUGCAUUGGGAUUCCAGGCCCUGGUGCUCACAGUUGACGUGCCCUACACGGGCAGGAGGCGGGAUGACAUCCGCAACAAUUACCAGUUCUUGAAAUCCAUCCAAGUGAAGAACUUUAAAGGAGCUUUUGAGGAUGAAGACCAGACUGAAUAUGGUCUGCCCCCUGGAUCCAUAGACCCAUCUAUCAAUUGGAAUGACAUCACUUGGCUACAAAGUCUGACCCAGCUGCCAAUCAUCAUCAAGGGGAUUUUGACAAAGGAAGAUGCUGAGCUAGCUGUGAGACAUGGGGUUCAAGGGAUUAUCGUAUCCAACCACGGAGGAAGACAGCUAGAUGGAGUCCUUCCUACUAUUGCUGCUCUGGUUGAAGUUACUACUGCAGUGCAAGGCAAAAUCGAAGUUUACUUGGAUGGUGGAGUACGAACAGGGAAUGAUGUGUUGAAAGCAUUGGCACUUGGAGCAAAAUGUGUCUUCAUCGGCAGACCCACAGUGUGGGGUUUGGCCUAUAAGGGUAAAGAAGGACUUCAAGAACUUUUGAAGAUUUUAAAAGAUGAAUUUUGUCUGUCAAUGGCUCUCACCGGCUGUAAAAAUGUCUCAGAAAUUGGCCGGCAUCUUGUUCAGUAUUCCAAAUUAUAAAGAACUCUUCUGCAACACUCACCGGACCAGAAGCAGUAGGGUAGCUAAAGAAAAGAAAAGAAAAAAACUCUGGAUGAUUAAAAACAAGGGGGAGACCUCGGCCACCAGCCACAUGUCAAAAAGUUUGUGUGAUGAGAUUUUUGCAGUCCCCUGAAAUGAAUGGGAUUUAUAGCUGGCCUAUACUGAACUAAUUGCGAGCCCCAUUCUUUUGCAUGUCUGUCUUCAUGAUACCCAGCUAGGAAACAUUCCUUAAAAACUUUCAAUUGUACCACAUUCUCCUCUUUGGAUUAAGUGUGCAAAACGUCAUACUAUCCAAUCAGGGGUGGAUUUCUGCUGGCAUUACUGCUGGUUCAGUGCAUGCGCGAUUUUGCUCGUGCACACACCUGACGCACACUCCACGUGCGUAGUAGUCUAUAAAUAGAUCUGCGCAUGCACAGAACAUUUUAAAAAGUCAGAAAAAGAUGUCAUGGUGACUGGGGAACCAAUUUGGGGGUAUGGCGAGCUUGCCAUCCCUACCGGUUCAGAGACCCAGUUGCCAUUUCCACUACUGGUUCCACUGAGCCAGUGCGAAUCAGUAGGAACCCACCUCUGUAUCUAAUGAUUUAUGUGUUUUACUUUGAAUAAUACAAUAAAACAAAACCAUGGCAUCACUUAUUUGGAAGGACAAUAUUAGGCCAUGGACUCAAAGUACAGUUCAGUGAUGAAAUCAUAAUUAAAACAUCCCUGGCAGGUUUCUAUCUAGCAUCUGUUUGAAUACAUUUAAUAAAAGGGAAACAACCAACUUGCUAGAUUAAAUAUUCUUUUCAUUAGAUUUCUUUUUCCUUACUAGAACCUGUCUUUGCAAGUCUGAACUGCCACUCCAUUAAUCAGAACUCACCAUUCCUGAUCAAUAGAUAAUCCCAGAAAUGCAUUAACCAAUCCCUAUUCAUCUUCCAGUUAGAAAGGAAAACUCCCUCCCCCAUGACUGUAAAAACAUUUGCUGAUUAGGGAAGAAGCUCUUAGUUUAACUACAGUGACAUCAAUAUGGCAAUAGGAAGCCAGACCUGUGUGAUGGUAAAAGCCCAGUAAUGGCUUCAUACAAUUACCAGAGAGUACAACUCAUUUUUAUUGGAUUUGUACGAAUCCAUUUGUAAUGAUAGAGAAUGUAUCUAGGCUUCUUCUGUUCGUUGUUCUUCAACAAUGUGCUUGGUCUCUGGGCCCAUGAAUAGAAACUAAGUUGUUGCCCUUUCUCUAAUCUAAUCUAAUAAAGGGUGUUGGUACUUACAUGAUAUGCCUCUUCUAAUAAGGUGGAGAUAGCAUCCACGAAUGGGUUAACAUGGUCCGUGCUCUGA